ACCAGUCGGUAGAAGUUAAGAAGAAUAAGUGGAUCUCUUUUUGUUCAUCAGAGUGGCCUACUUUUAAUGUAGGCUGGCCACGAGAUGGCACCUUUGAUCCUAACAUUAUUUCUCAGGUCAAAAUUCAGGUUUUCAGAUCCGGACCCCAUGGACAUCCGGACCAGAUUCCCUACAUCGUUACCUGGGAAAGCCUGUCCCAUAAUCCACCCCCCUGGGUGGCCCCCUUCCUAACCCCAACUCCCCUUACCCUCACACCCUCUAGUCCCUCCUCCUCCUCCCUGUGCCCGGUUCGCCUACAACCAAAACCUGUUCUCCCUCCAGACGAGUCAACUCUGAUCAACCUUCUUGAAGAAUCUCCCCCUCCUUAUGCCACACAGGGACAGGGGGCCCAAGCACAGGCUCCGCCAGCUCCAGAGGCCCCAGCUGACCCAGCACCGGGCCAAGAUGGAGAAAUGAAUUCACCAAUUGCAGGGAGACUGAGAGAUCGCCGAGGAGCCGAUUCACACAUACUCCCCCUGCGAGCAGUGGGAGGGCAGGAGGGCCACCUCCAGUAUUGGCCUUUCUCUGCUUCUGAUCUUUAUAAUUGGAAGCAACAUAACCCCCCAUUCUCCCAGGACCCUGUUGCCCUCACCAACCUCAUAGAGUCUAUUCUCCUCACCCAUCAGCCCACGUGGGAUGACUGUCAACAGCUCUUACAGGUUCUCCUUACGACUGAGGAGAGACAGAGGGUGAUACUAGAAGCCCGGAAGCAGGUGCCAGGAGAAGAUGGGAGACCUACUCAGCUGCCUAACGAGAUUGAGGCAGCUUUCCCUCUCACCAGACCAAACUGGGACUUUAACACGCUUGGAGGUAGGGAGCACCUACGCCUUUAUCGCCAGUUGCUCAUAGCGGGCCUCCGUGCAGCGGGGCGACGCCCCACUAAUUUGGCCAAAGUAAGAUCUGUAGUACAGGGCCAGGAUGAGCCGCCUACAGCGUUCCUAGAAAGAUUGAAGGAAGCAUAUCGGAGGUUCACUCCCUUCGAUCCAGACAGCCCAGGACAAGAGGUGAGUGUCUCUAUGUCCUUUAUUUGGCAAUCCGCCCCGGAUAUUAAGGUAAAACUCCAACGGAUAGAGAAUCUACAGGGGCAGAGUUUACAGGAUCUACUUAGAGAAGCAGAAAGAAUAUUUAAUAAGAGAGAAACUCAAAAAGAAAGAGAGGAAAGACAAAGGAGAGAGGCAGAAGAUAGGGAGAAUGCAAGAGACAGGAGGUGAAACAAGGAAUUAAGCAGAAUCCUGGCCACAGUAGUAAGAAAGGAAGACGAGGGCAGAGUAGAGAGGAAGGGAGAUUGAGGGCGUGUCCAACUAGGGUCAGACCAGUGUGCCUACCACAAG